CAUCCACUCCCAUAAGUGAUCUUUCAGAAAUUGAGUCAAGACUCAAGAUUUAAUUAUUAUUUUUCAUGCGGUGAAAAGCUACCCUAAGCUAAGAAAGGCCAAAAGGUGAAUAUUUAACUUUAUUUUUUCAAAAAUUUCCGUCUUGUAUAUAGCGAAAGUUUUAGCAUAUCGUCAUACUUUUUUUUUGAUGAAUUGGUGAAUUAUAAGGCCACCCUUUGUCCUUUCACCGCCUUAAUUUUCUGGCACAUAUCCGCUAAAAUAAAUAAUUAACAUAUUAUAUGAUCUGGUGAUUCAACAGAGAGAGUAAGGUGUUUGAAUGAAUCUUAUAAUUAAGUGAGAACACAAGAAACAGUUGGUGGUGUCUGUCAAGUAGGUGUAAGCAUGAUAAAUGACACAAGAUUUACUAUACCUAGCUAGGUGCAAAGACUCAUUUGUCUCUAGUGGCUCUAGCUAUCCUAGCACUAAAAAUUCUCUGAGAUUGACAACUAUUUUAUUGAUUAUUGUACAUACAUAUGUAUGAGUCAAUUAACUAGAUGAUGGUACUUUAUUUCUGUUUCACUUUCACUUGUCUUUGGUUGAGAAAUUAUAUAUUGCAUAUAUGGAACUAGGGUGGGAUCAGACAAAUAAUCUCUUUUUUAACCUUUUCAUUAACUAAUUUUGUUUUUAUUAAGCAUAACUAGUAGUAUUUGGUGUGCAACUAAUCCUGCCUUUAAAUACCAGGUCGGCUAACCUCAACAUCAAGUCUUGCUCUUGUCUCCUCUCUCUCUACACACACAGACAAAAGUCAUUAGCAUAUCUCUGUGUUCUUUCUUGCUUUCAAGUAUCUCUAAAUAAGUCACACACACACUUUAAUCUUCUGGUUAAUUAUUUGUUAGUUUGAAAAUAAUGGGGUGCAAGGCAGCAGAGAAGCCAAAGCAAAAACACAAGAAGGGAUUAUGGUCUCCUGAUGAAGAUGAUAAGCUCAAAAAUUACAUCAUUAAACAUGGUCAUGGCUGCUGGAGCUCUGUUCCCAUUAAUGCAGGCUUGCAAAGGAAUGGAAAGAGUUGCAGAUUAAGGUGGAUUAAUUACUUAAGACCUGGCUUAAAGAGAGGGGCAUUUAGUUUAGAAGAGGAAGACACAAUCUUGACCCUUCAUGCCAUGUUUGGCAACAAGUGGUCUCAGAUUGCACAACACUUGCCAGGAAGGACGGAUAACGAGAUAAAGAAUCACUGGCACUCAUAUUUAAAGAAGAGAGUGACCAAAAUGGCAGAAAAUGAAGGCGACACUAAAUCUGAUAACACAGAAUCCUCACCUUCUUUAAAGAAAUUGACUCCCCAGAAUUCUAGUUUGGAUUCAUUUGAACACAGAGAAGGAUCAUUAGCAGAUUCAGAUCAAUCUAUUUAUCCAAGAGAGUCUCAGAAAAGUAAUUUACCCAAAGUAUUAUUCGCGGAAUGGCUUUCGUUGGAUCAAUUUAAUGGGCAAGAGUUCCACAACUCAGGGAAUUUUGAACCUUCCACGAAUAAUUUUGGGUAUAAUAAUUCAGAGUUACAUGACAUAUUCAUGCAUAGUUUACCCAUGAACAAUGGUAGCUAUGGGAAUGGUGUAAAUCAAGAAGUUAACAAUGGGACAGUAGUAGAUGAUAUUUUUCAAGCCCAACUCAAGUUUGAGGAUCCUAUGUCUGCUAACGGAUUUGAGGAAUUCAUGUCAGGGGAAUUCAACAUUAACGACGAUGUCAUGUACAUAUGAGUCCUCUUUCUCUUUUAGAAUCUUACACAAAAUAUUGGUACUUGUUUUGGAGGUAAUAAAACAGGAACCUUACCGUUGGAUUUCCUGUUUCUUCAUUAAUUAAGAAGGAAUCUUUCAGCAAAAACGUCUAGCUACCGCUCAUUUUUACCUUAGAUGCCUUCACGGCUUCAUCUUUCUUGUAUUGCAUCAUGUUGUACAAAGUCUAAUUCAUUCUCUGUAAUAAACUGAGAGUUACAUGGCAA